CUUCAUGAAGUUCAUGGGUGAUAUAGUACAUAAUGGGUGAUAACUGAAUGAGCCAAACUAAUCCACAUGUGAUUUGAGAUUUAACAAUGUGCCAUGUUUCUGUAUCUGUUCUGGAAAGAAGAUGUAACCAGUGAGGUAUAUAUGAACGUAACCAGAGGAGCGUCUUUGUAUGUCAGGUGAGGAGGGGUCUUUGGUCAAGUGAUGAUGUCCACGCAUGAUGAUUCUGCCAGUGUUCCAUCACUGGGAAAAGGAGACGACUUGCAUCAACAAGUCCUUGCCUCAUUCCCACUGUGUCAGCUGACAGAAGAAGACCUGACCCAGAAUCCUCUAUUCUGCAAACUCCUGGCAACGCUGUCACAGCAUGUGGACCUCACUGGCCUUACUGUCACAAUGAAGAGAGAGCUGGAGAAGGCUGAGAGGGACCUGCAGACACAGAGGCUUAGCUGGCUGCGCUCAGAGAGCAUGUACAGGCUACUGCAGGAGAUGAUCCAGGAGAACUGUGUCAGAAAGCAUCACUCCACUGUAGCCCCAGAGGAUGACACGUUCUAUAAGACUGUGGAGCAGUGUCUGGUGGUGGCCCAGUGUGUCAGGCAGCUGGACCCUAGUGCCACCACCAGCCAAGACCAACCCCCUGUUCUAGGACUGAGUGCCCAACAGGUGCUCGAGCUGAUGCCACAAGAGCAGGAUGUGUGGAAAAUGAAACAGCGACUGCCUAGAGAACUAGAAAAGCAUCUAAAGAAGAAAUGUUUCAUCAUCCUCUCCUACUAUCAGCCUGAAUGGGAGAACGAAAGUGAAGGGCUGAAGAACAUGAAGCUGUCUCGCUUGUCUGGCCUCCUGGAGAGCGAAAGGAAAAGAGCAGAGAGUCUGAAGGAGAAGAGCCGUGAGAGUGCCGCCCUGCUGCAAAGGCAGACUCACUGCUACCUCUCUGAGCUGUUAGGGUGCAUCCAGAUUCUCCAGUCCCUGAUCCUGGACCACAGGCUGAAAGCCCAGAAAGAGCUGGACAGGAAAAAGAUUGAGUACUUUGAGGCCAAAUGUGAGAUCAUAAUGCAGAAGAUCAGAGCUGAGAUGUUGGAAAUUCAGCUGGAUACCUACACAGCAGACACAAUAUCUGCCCAUAAAAAAAUAAGGGAGAAGCUAGAAAUACAGCUGAACGCCUCCCAGUUAGAGAAGCAGUCUGUGGAGUGCAAACUGUCGUCCUUUGAGAUAUUUGGCAAGGAAUUUGAGGCUCUAGCCGAGGAAUAUUCCAGACUGCGUCAGGAGAUUGACACCAAGACUUGGGCUCUGAAGGAAUUCUCUCAGCACACGGACUAACUUGGAAUUGAUGUCAGACUGUUCUGUUUUAGAAAAACACAGUGAAGAGUCUUGUCCAGAUGUUUUCAAGCGAAUUCUCUUAACACUUUUGUUGACUAGCUAAUUCCAGUGUAUAUAAAAUGUAUGAUUAGCCGG